CGGCUCAGCCAAGCUAGCAGCAGCUGUCGGAAAUCAUGACUGAAGAUGACGGAUUCCGCGGUAGUAGUGGAGGGCCAGCUCAAGUGGAGAGAUGGAAAAAAGUGGAAGAAUAGAUGGGUGGUCCUGCGCAAACCUUCCCCGGUUGCAGAUUGCUUGCUCAUGCUGGUAUACAAGGAAAGGUCUGAACGACUGAAAGGGUUGAAGGAACGGAGCAGCGUGACCUUGGAAGACAUCUGUGGCUUGGAUCCUGGGCUCUGUUACGAGGGUCUGAAUCAUGCGCUUGCCAUCAUCUGUUUGAUGCAAGUUGUUAUGCUCGGUUUUGAGAACAAGGAAACUAUGCAUGCCUGGGAUGUACGCAUCCGCUACAGUUUAGGUGAAGUUCACAGGUUUCAUGUUGUGGUAGCACCUGGAACUAAACUUGAAAGUGGUCCAGCGACCCUCCACUUCUGCAACGAUAUUCUUGUACUAGCAAAAGACACCCCGCCCUUUGUCAUGGGGCAAUGGAAACUCUCAGAUCUGCGACGCUACGGAGCUGUUCCUAAUGGAUUUGUCUUUGAAGGAGGAACUCGAUGUGGCUUCUGGGCCGGAGUUUUCUUCCUCUCUUGCGCGGAAGGAGAGAAGAUCAGCUUCCUCUUUGACUGCAUUGUUCACGGCAUCUCUCCAAUGAAAGGCCCUUUUGGCUUACAUCCUGUCCUACCAGACCCCAGCGCAAAUCCUUCAUGCAUGGAAGAGAGAACGGCCCAUGAAGCUUUGCAGUUAGAGAAGCGCCUCAGCCUUCUAUCCUGUACAAGUUUCCACAGCGGUGGAGGUGAUGAUAGAAGUUUAUCAAGUUCAUCUUCAGAUGCAAGCCACUCUGAUGCUAGCAUUGGGAGCAGGUUGAUUAUUUGGCCUGAUCAGUCUUCCACCAAUACUUCUCAAGAGAGUCAGGGACUGACUGCAGCAAAAGGCAUUCACCUUGGGGAAGAAAAAUCCCAUUCGGAAAGUAUCCGGGGCAUCACCAAGCCACCUCCUAAACUUCUUCGGUCUAGGCAGCUACAAGAAAUAGGUCGCCAAAGUUCUUCUGACAGUGGAAUAGCUACUGGAAGUCACUCUUCUUACUCUGGAAGUUUCUCCUCCUAUUCUGGGAGUCUGGACAUUUGCCAUGGUGAUGAAUUUGGAUCACUCUUGAGUUUACCACUGAACCUUCCUUCAGACCAGAAUGUAUGUACUUGCCCACCUGGUGAGCACCAGAGGAGCCCUAGUUUGGAGUACCAGGUUCCGAGCUCCCUUAGACAUAACUAUGACACACCCAGGAGUUUGUUGCAGGUGUCUGCUAAAGAUAUACAAAAUUCAAGUGCAGAUUCCUCACUGUCCAAGGAUCAGGCACCUCAAAAAAUUAGUGACUUGAAAUUGCUGGCACCACAUCUGGAAGUGCAAGCUGCUCCUGGACAUAGCCCAGAAGAGGGCCUGCAGGCAGCCGUUUCCCUAGAAAAUACCAAAGACUCUGAAGGAAGCACGGAUCUCGUUUCAAGGUGGUCACAUCUAAGACAGCAAGGACAGGUGUUAGACUCUAGAAGUACUGAGAUGACACCUUUCGGUGGAGUCGCCAGCAGCCCAUGUGAAAUAUGUAGCUCUCCUUCAGGAACAAUGCGAGCUUUCUUUUCAUCUUGCCCAGUCUGUGGUGGGCUUAAGGAAACUUCCGUUUUAUCAUCUGGAGUCUUACCAGCUAACUCAGGCUCUAAAGGAAGCUAUGAAUUGAUGAUGUCAGCUACAGAACCUGGAUGUCUACCUGAUCCUGAAGAAGUUGGAGCAGUAGGUUAUUCAGCAGACCUAUCUAUGUCUGAUCGAUUGCACAGUGAGAUGGCAACCUAUGUUAAUAUUCCUACCAGCCCUACAUCAAAGAAACAGCUUCAUUACAUGGAGCUGGAACUUCAGGAACCCAGUACAAGCAUAAGAGGGAGUGAAUCAACCAAAUAUGCACAGAUUGACAUUACCGCAACAGAGACGGCCCAUAAAGUGGGGACGCAACAUGCGCAGUUUAGAGAAGAACGCCUGCAAGAGCUUGAACAGAAGAAGAAAGGCAGCCAGAUGUGUCCUUCAUAGGGAAAAUGAAUUAGCUAACUCAUUUAACACAAUACUUUUAAUUUAACUAAACACUGCCAUUGUUUUCAGAUUUAUACCAGAUUCAUUCCAAUCUGUUAAAUUUCCCAUUGGAAAACUGGUAGCAUGUGUGUGUGUGUGUGUGAGAACAUUGUUUGUAAACAUGUCUGGUAGAUAACUUACGUUGUAAUUUUUUAAUAUCUUCCCAAAUUAGGUAUAAACUACAAAUGAUUUUAAAACUGAGGCAUUUAAUUUAAACAAAUCUGAAUGUGUAAUAAUAAGGAUGUAAAUGUAGCUAACUAUACAAGAAGUAUUGUAUGUAUUUGUUAAGGUAGCUUUUCAUGCUAGUUUUCAAAACGUCAAAGCUAGGAAUUCAGCAAAUGUUAUGUGAGCUGGUGCUAUUAAAUGGAGAGUGAAUAGCACAACCCUAUCUUUAUUGUCAGCCUGCGUGCUUCUAUCGGAGAGCUCCGGCUAUUGGGCGGUAUAGAAAUGUAAUAAAUAAAUAAUAAAUAAAUAAAAUAAUCCAGUUUUUAUAACCAGUUGGUGGAGUCCAGGAGUUCUGUUCAGCUUACAGAGCAGAUCUUGAUCCAGCAGAUGCCUCUGCUUAAUGGAAGGGG